UCUCAGCUCACCAGCUACUCGCAACCUGCAGCUGGCCAAGCCUCGGUUUGGCCCUUCCAGAGACUACAAAUCCCAGUAUGCCGCGCUCUUCCGCGCUGGCCCGUCUGGGCACCGCUCAGGGCACCGCCUCCGCUCGAUGCCCACGCCAUUGGCGCGCGAUGGAGACCGGGAGCUGGUUGCUCGGCGGCGAGUUCGAGGAUUCGGUGUUUGAAGAGGGGCGGGAGCGGCGGUCUGGACCGCCUGCGUCCUACCGCGCCAAGCUCUGCGAGCCGCAGUGGUUUUAUGAGGAAACGGAGAGCAGUGAUGACGUCGAGGCUCUAACUCUCAAGAAAUUCAGAGGGGACCUGGCGUACAGACGGCAGGACUAUCAGAAAGCCCUGCAGGAGUAUUCCAGUAUUUCUGAAAAAUUGCCACCUACAAACUUUGCCAUGAAGAGGGACGUGCAGGAAGGCCAGGCCCGGUGUCUGGCUCGCCUGGGAAGGCUCGCGGAAGCCCUGGAGAUGGCCGCGGACCUGGAAACGAGAGCAACCAACACAGACCACCUCACCACCGCGCUCCACCUGCAGCUCGCCGUCCGGGCCGGCGGGCCGACCUCGGCGGAGGCCGUCCUCUGCCUGCAGAAGCUGAUUUCUCUGCACCCUUUCAACCCUUGGAGCUGGGGCAGGUUGGCAGAGGCGUACCUGAAUCUGGAGCCAGAUCUCUCGGCACCGUUUGCAUCCUCUCUCACACGGAACAGUUGCACCUCAAAUGGCAACACUGUCGACUCCUUCCCACACUCAGGAAAAGACUGCCUUUUGUGCUGCCCCAAGACGCUGCCUGAGAGCUCUGUGUUUCCCGUGGAAACAAGCAGCCCUGAUAAGCAGGAGGAGGAGAACGCCCUCACUAGUGUUCCAGACUCCGUAGCAGAAGAGAGAGAAGCAGUGUUGCUGGAGACACAGGUGAAAGCGUGUGCCUCUCUCAUACGGACCAGGCUUUUGCUUCAGCUCUCCCAGUCUCAGCAAACGUCCUUUGCUUUGGAGAGGAACCUAAGGACCCAGGAGGAAAUUGAAGACAAGAUGAAAGGGUUCCGCUUCCCAGAAGACACUCUGCUGCUGAUGACUGAGGUUAUGGGAAAAGACAUCGUCCCGGAAAAAAUAAAAGACGAAGUUCACAGCGAGGUGAAGUGUGUGGGCUCGGCAGCCCUGAGCGCCCUGGUGAUUGCAUCUUCGAAAGAAUUUGAGGACAAGUGGUUCGGGAAGAUCAAAGACCACCUCUGCUCCUUGGAACGUCCGUUCCACGCACAGAUACAAAUCUCCACUUCGUAGUCCCUUCGAAAGCCAAACGUCUGGCACUGUUCAUUGCCCUUGUCGACUUCAGAGAGAAUCCACUGCUAAUCAUGGAAUACAGUGAAUUAAACAUGAUUAUUUA